ACCAUAGAUGUCAAAGGCUGAAGCUGCUCCCUUUGCCACAUUAUAACUAGUAGGGGAUUCUCACCGACCAUGGCCACAGCUGCCUCGAAUCCCUACAGCAUUCUCAGUUCCAGCUCCCUGGUCCAUGCGGACUCCGCGGGCAUGCAGCAGGGGAGUCCUUUCCGCAAUCCUCAGAAACUUCUCCAAAGUGAUUACUUGCAGGGAGUUCCCAGCAAUGGGCAUCCCCUCGGGCACCACUGGGUGACCAGUCUGAGCGACGGGGGCCCAUGGUCCUCCACACUGGCCACCAGCCCCCUAGAUCAGCAGGAUGUGAAGCCUGGGCGUGAAGAUCUGCAACUGGGUGCGAUCAUCCAUCACCGCUCGCCUCACGUAGCUCACCACUCGCCGCACGGUAACCAUCCGAACGCCUGGGGAGCGAGCCCAGCUCCAAACCCGUCCAUCACGUCAAGCGGCCAACCCCUCAACGUGUACUCUCAGCCGGGCUUCACCGUAAGUGGCAUGCUGGAGCACGGGGGACUCACCCCACCGCCGGCCGCCGCCGCCACACAGAGCCUGCACCCCGUGCUCCGGGAGCCUCCAGACCAUGGCGAGCUGGGUUCCCAUCACUGCCAGGACCAUUCGGAUGAGGAGACACCAACCUCGGAUGAGUUGGAACAGUUCGCCAAACAAUUCAAACAAAGAAGAAUCAAGUUGGGUUUCACACAGGCUGACGUGGGGCUGGCGCUGGGCACACUGUACGGCAACGUGUUCUCGCAGACCACCAUCUGCAGGUUCGAGGCCUUGCAACUGAGCUUCAAGAACAUGUGCAAGCUGAAACCCCUGCUGAACAAGUGGCUGGAGGAGGCGGAUUCGUCCACUGGGAGCCCAACCAGCAUUGACAAGAUCGCCGCCCAGGGCCGCAAGCGCAAGAAGCGUACCUCCAUCGAGGUGAGUGUCAAGGGCGUACUGGAAACGCAUUUCCUCAAGUGUCCCAAGCCUGCAGCGCAGGAGAUCUCCUCGCUGGCAGACAGCCUCCAGUUGGAGAAAGAAGUGGUGCGUGUCUGGUUCUGUAAUCGCAGACAAAAAGAGAAAAGAAUGACUCCGCCAGGGGAUCAGCAGCCGCAUGAGGUUUAUUCGCACACGGUGAAGACAGACACGUCGUGCCAUGAUCUCUGACUGGAGGAACCGAGGAGGCGGCUGGCCGCACUGGGAGCAGUGCGGGUUCAUUUUCUACUCUUUUUUUCCUUUCAUUAUUUCAUGAUUGCUCUCUUUCUAGCUCGCCUGCUUUCUCCCUUUGAUUCUCCCUUUCUUUUCUUUCACAGGAGGUUCUAACUUAUGUUAAGAAAGGAAACACUCACGUUCAGGCGUCCCAACUCCAAUACACACGCAGUCCAGGUGGGGGACCUCAUAUUCCCUACCACCUGGGCAAUUUCCUUCCAACCUUUUCUGCUGAUCAAUACAUAUUGUUUACUCUGAGUAAGAUUUGUUUGGUUGCUCCUCUCUAGGAAGAGCAAGAA